AUGCCGCGUUUCGAAUCAAGGUCGAACUCGCGGCUAAGCUUCGGGCGAGGAGGAGGGCGAAAUGUCCUCGCCCUCGCCAGGAACGAUGGUGCUGUGCGAAGGAGCGCUGCUGUUUCUGCCGCCUCCAGUACCAUAUCACCGACCAAAACCUCCGCCACGUCGUUGUUUUUGCCGCCGCCCGUGACGACGACGACGAGUAAUAAGAGUAUUAUUAUUGACGGUAUCAACGGUGAAGGAUUGAAGCUCGAGUUCCAAGACCGGGUCAGUGGGUUUGCGACCGAGCCGGCUGGCGGUAGGUUGGUUCAGAAUGGGCUGGUUUAUCGGGAGGAUAUCCUGGUCAAGUCGUUUGAGAUUGGUCCUGACUGGAAGCUCACCAUGGGUGCUUUGAUGAAGCAUUUCCAGGAUACGGCACUGAGCCACACUUCGUGUAUGGGAAUAGUGGAGGAAGGGUUUGCAUGGACACCCUACAUGAGAAGCAACAACCUCUGCUGGGUCGUCACUUUUACACACGUAGUUGUCAACCGAUAUCCUUCUUGGGGUGAGGUGUUCCAGCUGGACAACUGGCUCUACGAAUCAGGGAAGAACGGCAUGGGGAAUGAUUGGCUCCUUCGUGAUGGCAAGACGGGCGAAGUCUUAGUUCGAGCCACUAACUGUUUUGUGAUGAUGAACAAAAAUACUAGGAGGCUGUCGAGAUUUGUGCAGGAAGUGAGAGACGAGUUUGCACCACAUUUGUUGCCGGUUUCUGAUUCCAUCGCGCCGCGAGACAAGCGUAAAAUAGAGCGUGUCACUAUGGAGUCUGCAGAUAAUAUCCGCGCCGGCCUAACUCCUGUAUGGAACGAUUUGGAUAUCAAUUAUCAUGUCAGUAACGUCAAAUAUAUCGACUGGAUUAUUGAGGGAGCUCCACGUUCUAUAUUAGAGAGUCGAGAGCUCUGCGGGAUGACAUUGGAGUACAAGAAAGAGUGCAGGAUAGACGACGAAAUCCAGUCACUGUCGAAGAUCGUCGCCGGGAAGUUGGAGGAUGAUUGUGUGGAGUUGGAGCAUUCACUUCGUAUGGGAGAUGGAUCGGAGAUAAUGAGAGCCAGAACGAGCUGGCGCCCCAAAUCUAACGUCAGGGCCCCUGCUCCGGCUCGAUGCGCCGGCGGCAUAUAA